UUCAACGGUCCCUUUUCUUUUCAACGUCUCUCUCUCUCUUCAAAUUGCCCUUUCGCAUCGCCCUCUUCCAAGGUUCACAUUUUGAGAAAACCACCUUUUCCCAGGAAAAUUCCAUCGUUUCAUUCUUCCUCUCUCAAAGAAUUCCUCUUACCCAAACCUUCGGCAGAUUGCUUCAACUUCAGGUUUGGCCUUCUUUUGUUGCUUAACAAACCCACCAGAACUUAGAGGAAAACAGGGAGAAAACUGUUUCUUCUCCGGGUGAAAUAUCUUCAAGAUGUCUGCCACUCAAAAUGAUCCGCUUCUGCAAGUGGAAACCACAUGUGGUUCACUUCUCUAUGAACUUCAGAUUAUAUGGGAUGAAGUUGGUGAGGGUGAAGCUGAAAGAGAUAGAAUGUUGCUUGAACUUGAACAAGAGUGUUUAGAGGUAUACAGAAGAAAGGUUGAUCAAGCAAACCAUUCUAGAGCUCAUUUGAGGCAGGCGAUUGCAGAUUCUGAAGCACAACUUGCUGCCAUCUGUUCUGCAAUGGGAGAGCGGCCAGUACAUAUAAGACAGUCUGAUCAAAAGGCUGUUAGCUUGAAAGAUGAACUCAAGCAAAUUCUUCCACAACUAGAUGAAAUGCGGAAGCGGAAAUCCGAGAGAAGCAAUCAAUUUCUAGAAGUCCUAGAGGAGAUACAAAUGAUUUCAGACGAGUUAAAUGGUUAUGAACAUUCAGCAUCAAAGAUAGUGUUGGAUGAAACUGAUUUAUCAUUGAAGAAGCUCGAUGAAUUGACCAGACAGCUCCAUGCACUCCAGCAGGAGAAGAGCGAUCGGAUGAAGCUGGUUCAUAAUCACUUGCGUACUUUGGAAUCACUCUGUUUAGUCCUGGGUAUGGAUUCCAAGGAGAUAGCCAUUGAAGUUCAUCCAACUUUGGGGGAUUUUGAAGGACCAACAAUUAUAACUAUCGACACCAUAGAGCAGUUGGCUGCUAUGAUUGAAAAACUGCGAGAGAUCAAAUUACAAAGAAUGCAGAAGCUUCAAGAUCUUGUAAGUACAAUGUUAGACCUGUGGGAAUUAAUGGAUACUCCAGAUGAAGAACAACAGAUGUUUCAAAAUAUAACUUGCAACAUCGCUGCUUCAGAACACGAAAUUAUUGAACCUAAUGCUCUCUCUGCUGAUGUUAUCACAUAUGUUGAAGCAGAAGUCACCAGAUUGGAAGAGUUGAAGUCAAGCAGAAUGAAAGAACUUGUUCUGAAGAAGAGAUUAGAGCUAGAGGAAAUGUGUAGGAAGCUGCAUAUGGUACCAGCAGAAGAUUCUGCUAUUGAAUAUGUUAUUGAUGCAAUAGAUAGUGGAGCUUUGGACCCUGCUUGUGUCCUCGAACAAAUUGACAGUCAAAUUCAUAAGGUCAAAGAAGAAGCUUUUGAAAGGAAAGAAAUUCUUGAGAAAGUGGAGAGAUGGUUGGGUGCAUGUGAAGAGGAGUGCUGGCUUGAAGAAUAUAACAGGGAUGAAAACCGUUAUAAUGCGGGAAGAGGAGCUCAUCUUACUCUUAAACGUGCUGAAAAGGCUCGGGCAUUGGUUAAUAAACUUCCAGGAAUGGUUAAUGCUUUGACUUCAAAAACCAUUUCAUGGGAAAAAGAAAGAGGCAUUGAAUUCACCUAUGAUGGUGUUCGUCUUCUCUCAAUGCUUGAGGAAUACACAAUUUUAAGACAAGAGAAAGAGCAAGAACUCCGCAGGCAGCGGGACCAGAAGAAACUCCAGGGGCAACUAAUUGCCGAACAGGAGGCACUUUAUGGGUCAAAACCUAGCCCAUCAAAGCCUCAGAGUGCUAAAAAAGGCCCUAGAAUGUCAACUGGUGGUGCUGGUGCUGGCAGUAGAAGAUUUUCCCUUGGAGGAGCAUUGCUUCAAACACCGAAGCCUGAUCCUCAUAAAGGCCUCCGACCAGGCAGAAAAAGUGAUAGAGGACAUCAAAACAACCAAACUUUUCACCUUGAUGAGGGAUUUGUUGAAGCUUUAUCAGCUGGUCGGAGAGGAGGCUUGGAUGUUACUGGUCUCCCUGUAAAAAAGCAGUCAAUAGGUGCCAAUGCUGUUGAAGGAGGAGAAUCACCAAUGGUGGUUAGAAAGCCUUUUGCUCCUAUUCCUACCUCUAGCACGCUUUUCUCGAACUCGACAAAUUCGUCGAAUUCGUUGAAUGAUCUUGGUGAGAAGCUGCAGAAACUGAAUAUGUCAUCCAAGACUCCUAUAAAGACAACAUCAAUAUCAGAAGAAGAUAUCAAGACACCAAUGAAAAUGCCAAUCCCAGUGCCAUCCACACCUUCUACCGUGUCAGUUCCGAUGCAGACAGCCAUGACACCAGCUCUUCUGCAGCCUGUUGACACUACUGCUCGCAUUAGUAAAGAUAUUUCCGAAGUCAUUGAAUACUCAUUUGAGGAAAGAAGAGCUGGCUUUGUACUUCCCAAACCACUCCACAUCAAGUCAAUGAUACAAGUUUGAUUGAUACAAUACAAACCAAUCUAGUUUUGGUGAAUUUCUUCAACCUCAUAUUUCUUUCAAAGAUUCAAAAUUCCUUGUUUCCUCUCUACAAAGUCAAUUGUAAUUGGCUUUUUACCUGAUGUGUGUACAUAAACCCAAUAUUGAUGAAGGGUUAAGAUUUUCAA